CUUGACCGGGUCUCAGCUAUUCUGCAUCAAGAAACCUUGCGAGGUCAAUACCGCGUGACCAAAGUGACGGCGAAGAUGGUGUUUUCGGUGGAUUUUGGUACUCGCCCUCUUGACCACUUUCUCCCGCCUGCGGAACCGGUGUGCCUACGGUACAAGACCCAACGCGGAUGUGACUUUCAGACAUGCAAACAUGCCCACGCCCGUGUCGCUCUACCUACGGAGGUUGCGAUGUUCAUUACCAACAAACGGGUCCGCUUGCGUCGGAUCACCCUAAUGUCUCUACCUGAUGCCGCGGAGGCGAAUCACAGUGCAGCAUCUCUUCGAAUCCCAAUACGAAUCAUGUAUCACUGUUGUCUUCGCCUCGAUUUAUUUCUUGUCAGCCUCAGCCGAUGGUACCUGCACCAUGUGCGCUUCAGGACUCGACAACAGCCCACGUUCCACCGUCAGCCUUUGCACAUUUAUCCUGGCCAGGCCAGCUGA